GGACAAUGAGAGGAAAACAAAGGAAAUGAAAAAGGGAACAGUCUCUCCUCUCUCUCUCGCUGUCUGUCUCCAUCUCUCUCUCUCUCUCUCUCUCUCUCUCUCUAUCUCUCUCCGCCUCUUUCUACCUCCAUUGACGACUCUUCUUUCCAAAAAAGUUAACAUCUCGAGGCUAUUCAGCUUCUCCUUUAUUGUAAAAUUGGCCUGAAUUGUCGUACAACACGGUUGUAUAUAAUGUAGGUGACGUAUAUGCAAGAGAAGAAACUUGGGAAACUUUUGGGAGUGAAAAAGGUGAAUCUUGGAGAACUUCGGAGGGGCUAAAUCUAGCAGCAUUCUACCAAUUUCUGGGGGUCAGUUGUAAACUGCAGGAGGGUGAGGACUUUGUCGAAAGGUGGUUUCUUUUUGCAAAUGUCAAAGUUAUAUCCUGCUGGAUCAAGGGAUCCAAAAGCUUCAUCUCUAUCUCGAAAAGAUAAGGAAUCAAAUGGAACUACAGAAAUGGAUGAAAAGGAGAGCAUGUUGUCAAGGGUUGCUCAAUUGAUCGAGCAGCUACAUUCUAAUGUGUCUUCGCCACAGGAAAGAGAGCUUACGACAGCUCGUUUGCUAGGCAUAGCUAAAGCAAGAAAGGAAGCACGAGGUCUUAUUGGUUCACAUGGCCAAGCAAUGCCAUUGUUUGUAUCCAUUCUUAGGAAUGGCACUCUACUGGCAAAAAUAAAUGUUGCUGCAACAUUAAGCGUCCUAUGUAAAGAUGAGGAUUUGAGGAUAAAGGUACUUUUAGGUGGAUGCAUCCCGCCGUUACUCUCACUUUUGAAAUCUGAUGCAACUGAAGCUAGGAAGGUUGCGGCAGAGGCAUUAUAUGUAGUGUCAUCUGGUGUACUUUCAGAUCAUGUAGGCAUGAAAAUAUUCAUUACAGAAGGCGUGGUGCCAACCUUAUGGGAGCAGCUAAGUAGAAACAAAAAGCAGGACAAAGUGGUAGAAGGAUUUGUUACAGGAGCAUUAAGAAAUCUUUGUGGAGAUAAAGAUGGGUAUUGGCGAACAACUCUUGAUGCUGGUGGAGUGGAUAUCAUUGUUGGUCUUCUCUCCUCUGGCAAUCCUACUGCUCAAUCCAAUGCUGCCUCUCUCCUGGCAUGCCUGAUGUUGGGUUUCGCAGAUAGCAUACCAAAGAUAAUUGGUGCUGGGGCAAUCAAAACUUUGCUUGGGCUUUUAGGUCAACAUAAGGAUGCCUCUGUCAGAGCCAGUGCUGCUGAAGCAUUAGAAGCUCUUUCCUUAAAAUCGACCGAAGCUAAGCAAGCCAUUGUUGAUGCCCAGGGCAUGCCGGUGCUUAUUGGAGCCAUUGUUGCUCCUUCCAAAGAAGGUAUGCAAGGAGAGUGGGGGCAGGCUCUUCAGCAGCAUUCAACACAAGCUUUAGCAAAUAUAUGUGGUGGAAUGUCUGCACUAUUGCUGUAUCUUGGAGAGCUUUCUCAGUCACCAAGGUUGGCUGCUCCAGUGGCUGAUAUAAUCGGAGCACUUGCUUAUGCUUUAAUGGUCUUCAAGCAGAGUGAUGAUGAAGAACCAUUUGAAUCAACAAAAAUUGAAAGUAUUUUGAUUAUACUCUUAAAACCUAGAGAUAAUAAGCUUGUACAGGAGCGUCUCCUUGAGGCCAUGGCCAGCCUAUAUAGCAAUCCCAAUCUAUCAGUUGCUAUCAGUCAAUCGGAAGCUAAAAAGGUGCUUAUUGGCCUCAUAACAAUGGCUACAGGUGAUGCACAAGAGUACUUGAUUUUGGCUCUGAUUCACUUAUGCACUGACACAGUAAGCGUAUGGGAGGCCUUGGGAAAGAGAGAAGGAAUCCAAAUGCUGAUUUCGUCUCUGGGGUUAUCCAGCGAACAACACCAAGAGUAUGCAGUUGAGAUGCUUGCAAUACUCACUGAAGAAGUGGAUGACAGCAAGUGGGCGAUAACUGCAGCUGGUGGAAUUCCACCACUUGUCCAGUUAAUAGAAGUUGGAUCCCAGAGGGCAAGAGAAGGUGCAGCUUGUGUUUUGUGGAAAUUGGGCUGCCAUAGUGAAGAUAUUCGAGCUUGUGUUGAAAGUUCUGGGGCCAUCCCAGCCCUUCUAUGGCUCCUAAAAAUUGGUGUACCAAAUGAGCAAGAAGCCUCUGCUAAGGCUCUGAUAAAACUUACUAGGACUGCUGAUUCAGCCACCAUUAAUCAGUUGUUAGCUUUGCUCUUUGCAGAUUCUCCAAGCUCCAAGGCUCAUAUCAUAAAAGUUUUGGGCCAUGUACUUUCCACGGCAUCACAUAGUGAACUUGUGCAUAAGGGUACUACUGCCAAUACAGGUCUGAGGUCACUUGUCCAGGUUCUCAAUUCAUCAGAUGAGAAGACACAAGAGUAUGCAGCAUCGGUGUUGGCUGAUUUAUUCAGUAAUCGACAAGAUAUAUGUGAUAGUCUCGCAACAGAUGAAGUUAUUAAUCCAUGUAUAAAACUUUUAACUAGCAAAACUCAGGGCAUUGUAACUCAGUCAGCUCGAGCAUUGAGUGCUUUAUCUCGUCCAACUAAGACUAAGAUUCCAUCUAAGAUGUCUUACAUUGCGGAAGGCGAUGUCCAGCCUUUAAUCAAGUUAGCAAAAACAGCAUCCAUGGAUUCUGCAGAAAGCGCAAUGGCUGCAUUAGCUAAUUUGUUGUCAAAUCGUCAAGUGGCUGCAGAAGCUCUGGCUGAGGAUGUUGUUUCCGCAAUAACAAGAGUAUUAGGAGAAGGAUCAUUAGAAGGCAAGAAGAGUGCUGCCUGUGCUCUUUACCAACUAUUGAAGCAUUUUCCAGUAGGUGAUGUACUUAUCGGGAGGGCACAGUGUCGAUUUGCUGUUCUUGCGGUCGUUGAUUCCUUGAAUGCAAUUGAUAUGGAUUACAAUGAUGCUGCUGAUGCUUUAGAUGUUGUUUCGCUGUUGGCUCGGACAAAGCAGGGAAGAAACUCACCUUAUUUACCUUGGUCUGCCCUAUCUGAAGUUCCAUCAAGCCUAGAGCCUCUGGUGCGGUGCCUGUGUGAGGGACCUAUAUCAGUGCAAGACAAAGUGAUAGAAAUUUUGUCUAGACUUUCUCGGGAUCAACCAGUUGUUCUAGGUAACCUAUUGAUCUCAAAUUCACGAGCAAUUGGUGCAUUGGCUAGUAGAAUAACAAAAGUUAGCAGCCUGGAAGUGAGAGUUGGGGGAAUAGCUCUGCUAAUUUGUGCUGCUAAGGAACAUAAAAUUCAAUCAGUGGGUGCACUUGAGGCAUCGGGGUACAUGAAGCCUCUUAUUUAUGCAUUAGUAGAUAUGAUCAAGCAAAGUUCUUCUCUUGAAUUUGAAAUUACAACUCCAAGAGGUUUUACAGAUAGAUCAGCUUUUCAAGAUGGAGAUGAUAUUCAUGUGCCUGACCCUGCAACUGUAUUAGGAGGUACUGUUGCCUUAUGGUUGCUAUCUAUUAUUUCUUCAUCUCAUUCAAAACACAAAAUCACCGUGAUGGAAGCUGGGGGACUGGAAGCCCUAUCUGAAAAGCUCGCAGAAUAUGCUAACAAGGAAGCGGCAGAGUUUGGGGACACAGAGGGCGUAUGGAUCAGCGCUGUCCUUGCCGCUGUACUUUUCCAGGAUGCUAAUGUUGUCUCCGCUCCCAUGGCCAUACAUUUUGUUCCCUCGCUUGCCAUUCUCUUGAAGUCUGAUGAAAUGAUUGACAGAUAUUUUGCUGCUCAGGCAAUGGCAAGUCUUGUUUGCUAUGGAAACAAGGGAAUAAAUCUUGCUAUAGCAAACUCAGGUGCAGUAGCUGGGUUGACAACCCUGAUUGGACACUUGGAAUCAAAUAUGCUAAAUCUGAUAGCCCUAUCUGAAGAAUUUUCUCUGAUAAGGAAUCCUGACCAGGUAGUCCUGGAAAGUCUAUUCCUAAUUGAUGAUGUCAGAGUGGGUUCUGUUGCUCGGAAGACUAUUCCUUUGCUUGUUGAUUUGCUGAGACCUCUGCCAGAUAGACCAGGAGCCCCCCCUUUUGCUGUUCGCCUUUUGACUCAGAUUGCUGACGGGAAUGAUGCCAAUAAACUACUCAUGGCUGAAGCUGGAGCUCUGGAUGCUCUGAGUAAAUAUCUAUCAUUAAGCCCUCAAGAUCUAAAUGAGGCAACCAUAUCUGAAUUACUAAGAAUAUUGUUUAGCAAUCCAGAUCUUCUUCAAUAUGAAGCAGCAGCGAGUUGCAUGGAUCAACUCAUUGCUGUUCUUCACUUGGGGUCAAGAAGUGCAAGAUUAAGUGCUGCUAGAGCAUUAAAUGAACUCUUUGAUGCUGAUAAUGUCAGAGAUUCUGAAUCAUCAAUUCAAGCAAUUCAGCCUUUGGCUGAUAUGCUUGAUACUACGUCGGAAUGUGAGCAACAGGCUGCUUUAAGUGCACUAGUUAAGUUGACUUCAGAUUGUAACUCAAGGGCAGCUAUGCUGGCUGAAGUGGAAGGGAAUCCUCUUCAUAGCAUCUGUAAAAUCCUCUCGUCUGCUUCCACAUGGGAAAUGAAGAGUGAUGCUGCAGAGUUGUGCUGCGUGCUUUUUGAUAAUCCAAGAGUCAGAGAAUUGCCAAUUGUCUCUGAAUGCAUAGAACCCCUAAUAUUGCUGAUGCAAUCUGAUAAAGAGACUGCAAUUGAAUCUGGUGUUUGUGCUUUUGAGAGAUUAUUGGAUGAUGAAAAGCAAGUGGAGAUUCCAUCAGAUCAUGACGUUGUUGGUAUGCUUGUUGGACUGGUUUCUGGAUCAAAUCAUAGGCUUAUUGAAGCAAGCAUCUGUGCACUCAUUAAAUUGGGAAAAGACAGAACUCCGCGCAAGUUGGAUAUGGUCAAUGCUGGAAUUAUAGAUAAUUGUCUUGAGUUACUCCCCACUGCUCCCACUUCAUUGUGUGCCAUGAUUGCAGAACUCUUCCGCAUCCUGACAAACAGUAGUGCCAUUUCAAAAAGUUCUGCUGCAGCAAAAAUUGUAGAACCUCUGUUUAUGGUACUGCUUAAGACAGAUUUUGGAUUGUGGGGACAGCAUAGUGCCCUGCAAGCACUUGUCAACAUUCUGGAGAAACCCCAAAGUCUUUCAACUUUGAAACUUACUCCUAGCCAAGUCAUUGAACCACUUAUCUCAUUUCUGGAAUCCCCACUACAAGCUAUCCAACAGCUUGGUACAGAGUUGUUGUCUCACCUGCUUGAACAAGAACAUUUUAAGCAAGAUAUAACAACGAAAAGUGCAGUUGUUCCUCUUGUUCAGCUUGCAGGUAUUGGCAUAUUGAAUUUACAGCAAACUGCAAUAAAGGCCUUGGAAAACAUCUCCUUAAGUUUGCCGAAGGCAGUUUGUGAUGCCGGCGGUAUUUUUGAGCUCUCCAAGGUCAUUAUUCAAGAUGACCCUUUACCUCCUGAGGCUUUAUGGGAAUCUGCUGCCUUAGUUCUCUCAAAUCUUCUGAGAUCGGAUGCUGAAUACUAUCUGAAUGUUCCUGCUGUGGCACUUGUAAAAAUGCUGCACUCAACUGUGGAGAGCACCGUUAAGGUUGCACUAAAUGCUCUCACGGUUCAAGAAAAAACUGAGGCUUCAAGUGCCGAACUGAUGGUUGAAGCUGGUGCUAUUGAUGCUUUGUUAGAUUUACUAAGGUCUCACCAAUGUGAAGAAGCUUCAGGUAGACUACUUGAAGCUUUAUUCAAUAAUGCAAGAGUGCGGGGAAUGAAGGCUUCUAAAUAUGCAAUUGCACCUCUCUCUCAAUAUUUGCUAGACCCACAAACAAAAUCACAAAUUGGUAGACUUCUCGCAGCUCUUGCUCUUGGUGACCUCUCCCAACAUGAAGGGCUUGCCAGAGCUACUGAUUCUGUUUUUGCAUGCCGAGCACUAGUGAGCCUGCUCGAAGAUCAGCCGACAGAGGAAAUGAAAAUGGUGGCAAUUUGUGCAUUACAAAACCUUGUCAUGCGCAGCAGAACCAAUAGGAGAGCUGUUGCUGAAUCGGGUGGCAUCUUGGUGAUUCAAGAACAGGUGCUGUCACAGAAUUCAGACGUUGCGGCACAGGCAGCACUGCUCAUCAAAUUUUUAUUUUCAAAUCACACCCUUCAAGAAUAUGUAUCAAAUGAGCUAAUCCGAUCACUGACAGCGGCUCUAGAGAGGGAAUUAUGGUCCACAGCAACUGUCAAUGAAGAGGUGUUGAGGACAAUACAUGUUAUUUUUUCCAAUUUUCAUAAGCUCCAUAUGUCUGAAGCAGCAACGCUGUGUAUUCCACAUUUGGUCACAGCACUGAAGUCUGGGAGCGAAGCUGCUCAGGAUUCUAUAUUGACUACCUUAUGCUUGCUGAAACAAUCCUGGUCGACCAUGCCGCUGGACUUGUCAAAAUCCCAAGCUAUGGUUGCAGCUGAAGCCAUUCCGGUUUUGCAAAUGCUAAUGAAGACAUGCCCUCCAAGUUUUCAUGAAAGAGUAGAAAACUUAUUGAAUUGUUUACCUGGUUGUUUAACAGUCACCAUCAAGCGAGCAAACAACUUGAAGCAUGUUCUGGGAGGCACACAUGCGUAUUGCCGAUUAACUAUCGGCAGCGGCCCUGCUAGGCAGACUAAGGUUGUGAGCCAUAACACAUCGCCAGAAUGGAAAGAAGCGUUCACAUGGGCCUUUGAUGUACCACCUAAGGGGCAAAAGUUGCACAUAUCGUGCAGAAGCAGAAGUACUUUUGGAAAGACUAGUCUUGGAAGAGUAACAAUUAAAAUUGACAAAGUCGUGAAUGAAGGAGUGUACAGUGGUGUUUUCGGCCUUAGCCAGGGUGCCAACAAAGAUAGCUCAUCCAGGACGCUUGAAAUUGAGAUAACCUGGUCCAAUAGGAUGUCAAAUGAAAGUGUGUGAAAGUGCAACAUCUUUGUCAAUGCUUAGAGCGCAAUACAAGCUUGGCACAGGGCAAAAGGAUCAAGCCAUGCAUCGCACAGAAGAUGAUACUUUCGUAUAUUGGUGAAGAAUGUGGGGUUUUCUAGCCCAAUGUUAAUAUCCAGCUACAGAGUUUCAGUUUUGAAUUUACUGCAUAUUAUGCCAUCUGAACUGCAAAAAUGUGAAAUGUCACAAGUUCACGAGGGCUAGUGAGUGUCGGAUGAGGUUUCCACGGUAUAGUUUAUGGAGUUCUUUAAACAGCAACUUCUUGUACAGUAAAAAUUAGGUCUUGUAGCAUAAUUGGAAAAGUGCUCCACUGUCAAUGGCAAAAGGAGGCUGCACUUGAUAAUUAUGUAAUUUAUCAGUUAAAAUGUAAAUGCAAAAUAGGUUGGAAAGCAUGAAUCUGACUGGUGCCAAUCUAUCUUCUCAGACUAGGCCUCCAGUUCUGCA